AUGCAGGUGGAGGGCUCAGUGAACGGGAACCCAUGUCACCUGACAGUGGACACUGGGGCUGAGAAGACUUUGGUGCGGCCUGACAUGCUGGCCACCACUCGCAUCCCAGACGCGCCAAAGAGGCUGUGUGGCGUGACGGGGCACUGUGUGCAGCUCAAGGGCCCAGUGGAUGUUAGUAUCGGCGUGGGCAGGGCUGUGGAGCGGCUGCCGGUGUAUGUCGCUGACUUGGACAAACCAUGUCUGCUGGGACUUGACUACCUGACGCAGAGCAAGGCUUGUGUCAACCUUGGACGGAAGCUGGUGAGGGUGCGUGGCCAAGAAGUGCCCUUGCUUCCGGAGGUCGGCUGUGCGGAGGUAGUUGUGGCUGAGAGAGUGCACCUUGCCCCUAGGACGGAGGCCAGAGUCCGGUGUCGACUGUCCAGAGCGAUGCGUGGAUCGGAAGGCAUGGUGGAGCCCACAGAAAACCUGCGACUGGCUGACAGCGUGGUAUUCGGGUGGAGCCUUGUUCAAGUGGGGGAGGAGUUAGUUAUGGUGUUGGUAGCUAACCUCUCCAAUGAGGCUCGAAAGGUGCCCGCUUGGGCCAAGCUGGCUACUUGUGAGGAAGUGGAGCGCCCUGAGGAGACAUUGGGGAGCGCAGAGGUGGCUGUUAUGAGGCCGCUGCCCGACUUCCUGGAGGAUUUGGGUAACCGGAGUGCCGCUAACCUGAUGGAGGCGCAGACGGAGAAGGUGCGCCACACCCUGGCUCAGUACGUGGAUGUUUUUCGCAGGGGUGACAUGGACCUGGGCCGCACGGGGUUCGUGAAGCACAGCAUCAACACGGGAACCAGGCAAGAGAUGCAGCGCAUUGUCAACGAGCUGGCAGCACAGGGGGUGAGUGAGCGGUCGGACAGUCCGUGGUCAUCAGCGGUAGUCCUGGUUAAGAAGAAGGACAGCACGCAGUGCUUCUGCGUGGACUACCGGGCGCUGAAUGACGUGACUGCCAGGGACUCUUACCCCCUGCCAAGGAUUGAUGACACACUUGACGCAUUGGUGGGGGCCAAGUGGUUCUCCACACUCGACCUGAAGUCGGGUUACCGCCAGGUGGAGAUGGCAGUGGUGUAG